AUGUCGAAUUGCAAAGUUCUGAUUCGUCUCCAUAGCUUAUUUUCUUGUACCCCAAAACCAAUAAACUCCAUUAAAGCAGUACCACCAACCCAUAUUAAAGAUCUUUUAAACCAAAAUAGUUCUCGCACACUGGUUCAAAAAUUCAAGUCUCUGUCUGAGAAUUCUUACUUUAGGGAAAGACAUCGUAGAAUUUAUGAGAACGUAAUUCAUCGUCUUUUUCUUGCAAAAGAGUUGUCUUUGAUUGAAGAUGUGCUAGAAUCCCAGAAAGAUUACAUUUCUAAUGAAGGGUUUGGUGCUAGUCUGGUUUAUUUAUACGGAAAAGCUGGCAUGUUUGAUCAUGCACGUAAGAUGUUCGAUGAAUUGAUUCAACGAGGUGAUAUGCAUAGUACACUAUUAUUCGAUAACCUUUUCGGUGCUGCUUAUGAUGCUGGGGAAUACGAUAAAGUUUACCAUCUUUUUCAAGAAUUACCCUCGAAAUUGGGUAUUAAACCUAGUGAAGUAGCUAAUAGUACUGCUGUUCAUUCAUUGUGUAAACUCGGUUUGUUUGAUGAUGCAUUGGAGUUGUUUGAUCAAAUAGAGGAAAAUGGAAUUAAUCCUUGUGUCUAUUCGUUUAAUUCACUUCUUUGUGGGAUUUAUGAGAAUGGUAAAUUUGAAGAAGGUGAAAAAAUAUGGGAAAGAAUGAUUAAGAAUGGUGUGGUUCCUGAUACAAUUAGCUAUAAUAGUAAGUUACAUAGGCUUUUCAAUGAUGGGAAAGUUUCUGAGGCAAUGCGGUUGUUUAUGGAAAUGAAAAGUAAUGGACUAAAGCUUAAUGUGUGUACUUACAAUGCUUUGAUUCUAGGAUCAUGUAAGAGUGAUGAUUUAGAUGGUGUAAGGAAGUGGUAUAAGGAACUUGUGAACACUUAUGGUGUGCCUAACAGGGUGACUUCAGAACCAUUGUUCCGUUUUUGUGCGAUAAGGGCGAUUUUGAUUUGGCAUAUCAGGUGUGCAGGGUGA